AUGGCUGCCCCGCCAAGACCAUCAUUCGUGGCCGGAACCCCCCUCGCGGCGAAUAUAUACGACUUCGUCUCAGAUUACCUGAGCAGCUCGUCCCGCGAUGCGCCAUCCAUGGCAGCUUCACUUACUUCCCUCAUGGCACCAAUUAUGAAAACAGCUUCAGAGAUACAAGAGAUCUGUCAUCUCUGGGGAAUCAUCUGCUUCAUGACCACAACCUAUCACCCAUCAUCUCCGAAACAUUGGCUCCUCGUCGAACUCGUCCUCGAGAUCAAAAAGUGCUCCGCGCCUCCGUUUGAGGGACGUCUUAUGUAUGAGAAGCAGUGGGGAUGUGCGUUUUGGGUUGAUCUUCCCAUGUUGUCAGCUGUAUGGGAUGACUUUGAAUUCGACUCACCGCUGGUGCCCCGCAUGGCCGAGAGGAAGAGCGAUCCGAAUCUGUGGAGCAAUAGGUUCCUGCCUGGGCCGUGGAGGAGCCGGGAUAUGAUACCGAUGUCGUCGGAGGCAUGGGCGAGUUUGAAUGCCUUCGGUGCGAGACUAUACGCCCAGCCGUACAUCAGCAGUCUUGAGGAUAGGGCACUGUUCGCCUUGACUGAGGCGUUGGAGCACGAAAAAUCUGCAAAGGCGUUGGAUGAUGUGGUGCCUGCCGCAGCGUGCUGGAUUUUAUACGCAGGGAAGAAUAUCAAGGAACAUAAUUCUGGCUAUGAGACAGACUGUGUCAAUGCUACGGGUAUCAAGCGACUUCAUUCACCGGCUUGGAGUAGAGGAAGUCUUUGGAAAGGCGCGAAUGCGUUUUCAGACGAGAGAUGGACAUUUUGGAAGACGCGGUUUGGUGAGUUGGUGGAUAGGACGGGUUUGAAAAGGAAUACUCAACAGUAUGCGAAGCAAGCCGGGGAUGAGAUGCGGCGGAUUGAGUCAGUCUCGGCGCAUGGACAGGUAGUAAUAUGCCGGAAGGGGUUUGGGGAAGGAUGCUGCAAUACAGCAGAGAAAGAAUGUAAUACACCUCCAACGAGGCGGCUACUCGUGAGCGAUCUGUUGAAUUAG